AUGGAUGAGGUAGUGGAAACUCUAAGAAAGAUCGAGCAGGACUACAAGCUCUUCCAGCAGCAGCAGUUCACGUUUAUCAGAGCACUGGAACACACGAGGGAGGAAGCUCAUGAUUUGAUCAAACCUGUGUCUUCCAUAGUCCAGGUGCAGUGCUACAAGGACCACCACUGUUACAAUUCCACAGACAGGCGCAUCCUCAACAUGUUCAUCUCCAUCUGCAACGAUCUCCGCAACCUCUGCCAGAAGCUGGAAAAGGUGCAUCCUGGGGACAGUGUGACCAAGGGCCUUGUGGAGAAGUGCAAAGUGCUCCUUAAUGACAGCAACGACUUCACUGCCCUUCGAGUGCAGUGCUACAAGGACCACCACUGUUACAAUUCCACAGACAGGCGCAUCCUCAACAUGUUCAUCUCCAUCUGCAACGAUCUCCGCAACCUCUGCCAGAAGCUGGAAAAGGUGCAUCCUGGGGACAGUGUGACCAAGGGCCUUGUGGAGAAGUGCAAAGUGCUCCUUAAUGACAGCAACGACUUCACUGCCCUUCGAGCCACGUAG